GGCGCGGGGCGUAGCGCGCUGUCCCUGACGCUGCUGUAUUAAACGGCUGCAGGCGGCGCGAACUGGUAGUGGGAUUUCUUCGGCUUAGGCUAUCUUGGCGGUCUUCCUCCGCUCGCUCACAUCCUCUGAAAGCUAAGCCGGCUACACCUUCUUCCUUCCCUCAGCUUGUACCCGCGUCCCUGCGACUCCGCCACCAUGUUCGAGGCGCGCCUGGUCCAAGGUUCCAUCCUGAAGAAGGUGCUGGAGGCACUUAAGGAUCUCAUCAACGAGGCCUGCUGGGACAUCAGCUCGAGUGGUGUGAACCUGCAGAGCAUGGACUCGUCCCAUGUCUCCUUGGUGCAGCUCACUCUGCGCUCCGAGGGCUUCGACACGUACCGCUGCGACCGUAACUUGGCCAUGGGCGUGAACCUCACCAGCAUGUCGAAAAUACUAAAAUGUGCUGGCAAUGAAGACAUCAUUACAUUAAGGGCUGAAGAUAAUGCGGACACCUUGGCACUAGUAUUUGAAGCUCCAAAUCAAGAAAAGGUUUCAGACUAUGAAAUGAAGUUAAUGGACUUAGAUGUUGAACAGCUUGGAAUUCCAGAACAAGAGUAUAGCUGUGUGGUAAAGAUGCCUUCUGGUGAAUUUGCACGCAUAUGCCGAGAUCUCAGUCAUAUUGGAGAUGCUGUUGUAAUUUCCUGUGCAAAAGAUGGGGUGAAAUUUUCUGCAAGUGGAGAACUUGGAAAUGGAAAUAUUAAGUUGUCACAAACAAGUAAUGUUGAUAAGGAGGAGGAAGCUGUUACCAUAGAGAUGAAUGAGCCAGUUCAGCUAACUUUUGCACUGAGGUACCUAAACUUCUUUACAAAAGCCACUCCACUCUCUCCUACAGUAACACUCAGUAUGUCUGCAGAUGUACCCCUUGUUGUAGAGUAUAAAAUCGCUGAUAUGGGACAUUUAAAGUACUAUUUGGCUCCCAAGAUCGAGGAUGAAGAAGGAUCUUAGGCAUUCUUAAAAUCCAAGAAAAUAAGACUAAGCUCUUUGAGAACUGCUCCUAAGCUACCAGCACAUACUUAAGUCUCUUCUUUGUACCUCUGAGUACAUAUGUAGAUAACAUUCUCUGUAAAUAACCUUGUUUUUCCUCCAUUCUCUACAGUUUGUUUAAAGAAUAAAGUCCAAAGCCAAAUAUGGUCUUAACCUAGAAGUACUUCUGCCUUACCUAGAAAUACUCUUCAUGAUUUUUAUAAACAAAAGGAUUCUGACUCUAAAUGCAGUUUUGUUUUCAGAUUAAAUAAAAGUUAUUUGAAUUUCAA